AUGGGUGUCGUCGCCAGUCUUUGCUGUCCUUGUUGCUGCAAAACAGCGAAGAAAUACAAGAGCAAUGAUUAUGGGCCAACACGUAGUGGUAACAAUGACACAAAUUAUCCAUAUAAUGACGCAGAUAAUUCGCCAGUAUCUUAUGAUAAUAAAAUUCAUGUUUCAGAAAUAUAUGGAAAUCAAACUGAAGUUGAACUUGCGCCGUCUGAUAAUCCAACAACAUCAACAUAUUUCGCGUCGAUGCUUCAUCAACCAAAAGAACCCCCACAGCAACAGCCAGCAUUAAAAACUCCGAAUGAUAAUGUUAUACGCGUACCAAACGAACGAUUGCAUCGUCCACCGUUGAAUUCAUCAGCAUCAAUUACAUCGAGCCGAACAAAUAAUCAACGAGAUAUCGCAAAUAUUUUACAAAAACAUUCGAAUUCUUGUUCAACUAUUUAUGUUGACGAUUCCACUGUGUCACAGCCGAAUUGGAAAGCAAUGAUAAAGUGCGUUAGUAUUGCUAUACAUUCACAUAUAGUACAUCGUAAGUCAAAUAAAACAAUGAGUAUAUUCGAUGAAAAACUCCAUCCCUUAACUAAAGAUCCAGUGCCUGAUGAUUACGACCAGCAAAUGACUGAACAAAAAACAAUUUAUCGAUUUAUGAGAAUUCUUUUUACAGCGGCACAAUUAACUGCAGAAUGUGCAAUUGUCACACUGGUUUAUCUCGAACGUGUUUUAAGCUACGGCGAACUUGAUUUAUGUCCAUCGAAUUGGAAACGACUGGUACUUGGUGCCAUUAUGUUAGCAUCAAAAGUAUGGGAUGAUCAAGCAGUAUGGAAUGUUGACUUUUGUCAAAUACUUCGAGAUAUAACUGUCAGUGAAAUGAAUGAGUUAGAACGUGAAUAUAUACAAUUACUUCAAUUUAACGUUAAUGUUGGCUCAUCGAUUUAUGCAAAAUAUUAUUUUGAUUUAAGACAGUUAGCUAAAGAAAAUAAAAUAUCAUUUCCUGAUGAAUUAUUAACCAAAGAAAAAGCAAUUAAACUUGAAGCGUUAUCAUUAGUUAACAAUCGUCUACAACAACCAUUAACCACAUCGAAAAACCAAUCAAAUCCAGUACAAUUAAUGCCAAAUUCUCAUCAAAUCUCAUCUCAACAACAGUCAUCAGUUCCACUUAUUUCAUUGCGACGUUCAGCUAGCGUAGAAUUUACUCAUUCACCUCGAAAAUCUCUACUUAUAAUUUCUUAG